AUGGAUCUUAGAAAAUUCUUCUCAGUGGCUACGUCCCAACAGGAACAGGAUGAACAUGAUGCCCAAAGACAAAGUGAAAUUGGUGAGAUUGAGAAAGAACAAGGUGAAUGUUCGAACGUUGAGAUAGAGACUACUGCUGAACAGUUCCCCAAUCAACCUUAUCAACCUGAUGAUUUUUUAGCCCAACAGGGUCUUGCCAUUAGAGGAAAAGAUGCGUUGGAUGGUAACUUCCAGAAACUAUUGCAGUUGCGGGCUGAUGAUGAUGACAAUCUGAAAAGAUGGCUAACAAGGAAGACUACUUUUACAGGUGGUGACAUUCAGAACGAAAUUUUGCAGUUAAUGGGCCAUGCUGUUUUGAGGGAUAUCUGCAGUGAUGUGAACAACAUGUCUACACAGUUUGGAAUCAUAAUUGAUGGAACGCAAGACAUUCAGGGCAAUGAACAGGAGAGUGUGUGCGUGCGUUAUGUUGAUGAUUCGUUUGUUGUUCAGGAGGAAAUGCUAGGCCUCUACCAGGUUUCCUCAACAACUGGGGAAUCACUUUCUAAGAUGCUGCAGGAUGCCUUGAUACGACUGCAACUGCCUAUAGAACACCUUAGAGCACAAACGUAUGACGGGGCAAGCAACAUGUCUGGAAAAUACAAAGGAUGUCAAGCAGAGAUUUAA